AAGGCAGGCACAGACAUCCAGUCCCGGCGUCGUCGUCAUCAUCGUCAAGUAUCAACACGCACCACAGUCGGACUCUUUCAUAUUCGUACCCGGACGGCGGGAUUCAAUGAAGGAAAGACGCUCCUGUCAGAAACUUUCCGUGAAAUCCGCCAUGGAUCCCAGUCUGAGUGUGAAGUGCAAGAUAGUGGUGGUGGGAGACAGCCAGUGCGGGAAGACGGCGCUGCUUCACGUCUUCGCCAAGGACUGUUUCCCCGAGACUUACGUUCCUACUGUAUUUGAGAACUACACUGCCAGUUUUGAAAUCGACACUCAGAGGAUUGAACUCAGCCUGUGGGACACCUCAGGAUCGCCCUACUAUGACAAUGUGAGGCCUCUUUCCUAUCCAGACUCCGACGCCGUGCUCAUCUGCUUUGACAUCAGUCGCCCGGAAACACUCGACAGCGUUCUGAAGAAGUGGAAAGGGGAAAUAAUGGAGUUUUGUCCUAACACUAAGAUGCUGUUGGUGGGCUGCAAGUCAGACCUGCGCACCGACUUGGGCACGCUAGUGGAACUCUCCAACCACCGGCAGACGCCCGUGUCCUAUGACCAGGGCUCCAACAUGGCCAAGCAGAUCUCGGCGCCGUACAUCGAGUGCUCGGCUCAGCAAUCGGAGAACAGCGUGCGGGACAUUUUCCACGUGGCCACGCUGGCCUGCAUCAACAAGAGCAGCAAAAACGUCAAGCGCAGCAAGACCGCCCGCGCCGCCAAGAGGAUCUCGCACAUGCCCGGCAGACCCGACCUGGCGGCCGUAGCCUCGGACCUCCGGAAGGACAAGGCCAGAAGUUGCUCCGUCAUGUGACUGCCAGGUCUGAGGGGGAUUAGACUGGAAGGAGCGAGGACUGAGCGCGGCGUAAGAAAGGCCCUUUUUUUGUCUGGAAAGGGGAUUAUUAAUAAGCUUCAAAUCAUGUACAUGUUACCGGAAUUCUACUCAAAGGUCAAAGUAGCAUCCCACCCGGCGUGGCACCCCACCCCUCCCUUGCUGUCGGGGACGCCAUCCGUCAGCGUGCUACCUGCACAGGAAGCCGGGCAGCUUCCUGCAGGAGGACAAAGCCGAAGCAGGCCACGCCCACAGGAACUAAGCUGGAGCAGUGACCUCACUAGGAAACAAACACGUUUUGCUUCAGAGUGACUCCCUUUUUAGAGUGAGAGUUGUCCGUCAAGCCAUGGCGGGGAAGGACGAGCAUAUCUCAGCCCCGCACAAAGAAAGACGUUGUUUGUUCCCACCCCCGUCUGCAGUAUGGUGUCGGUAUAAUGUGAAGUCAGUAACUGUCACUGUCCCAUGUUGUUGUUGUCGUCGUUGUACCGCAAAUUGUGUGUCUGUACUCCAGGACGGGCGAUGACCUCGUCUUCUCAUUCUCAUAUUCCCACAAUCCAGUUUGAAAAGGCGUGUCCUCUUCAUGGGGAAGCGAAACGUAAGAAAAUGUCACAGCAUACCGUCACCCUGGCUGUGUUGGAAUAUGCGCAUGACAUGACCGCUCGCGAGGUACCAAAGACGAAGGCCCCAAGAGGACCUCACGCCAUCUUAUUUUGUUAGCGGCGUAUAGCAGUCAAGUAUAUACAGUGGGGGGAAAAAAAUUGUGCAAGUUCUCCCGCUUAAAAUGAUGACAGAGGUCUGUAAUUUUCAUCAUAGGUACACUUCAACUGUGAGAGACAGAAUGUGAAAAAAACAUUGUAGGAAUUUUAAAUAAUUUAUUUUUAAAUUAUGGUGGAAAACAAGUAUUUGGUCAACCAUUCAAAGCUCUCACUGAUGGAAGGAGGUUUUGCUCAAAAUCAAUCAAUCAACCAAUCAAUCAAUGUUUACUUAUAUAGCCCUAUAUCACUAGUGUCUCAAAGGGCUGCACAAACCACUACGACAUCCUCGGUAGGCCCACAUAAGGGCAAGGAAACCUCACACCCAGUGGGACGUCGGUAACAAUGAUGACUAUGAGAACCUUGGAAAUCUCCCGAUACAUGGCCCCGUUCAUUCUUUCCUUAACACGGAUCAAUCGUCCUGUCCCCUUAGCAGAAAAACAGCCCCAAAGCAUGAUGUUUCCACCCCCAUGCUUCACAGUAGGUAUGGUGUUCUUGGGAUGCAACUCAGUAUUCUUCGUCCUCCAAACACGACGAGUUGAGUUUAUACCAAAAAGUUCUAUUUUGGUUUCAUCUGACCAUAUGACAUUCUCCCAAUUUGGCAUAAACUCAACUCGUCGUGUGUGGAGGAAGAAGAAUACUAAGUUGCAUCCCAAGAACACCAUAUCUACUGUGAAGCAUGGGGGUGGAAACAUCAUGCUUUGGGGUUAUUUUUCUGCUAAGGGGACAGGACGAUUGAUCAGUGUUAAGGAAAGAAUGAAUGGUUCCAUGUAUCGUGAGAUUUUGAGCCAAAACCUCCUUCCAUCAGUGAGAGCUUUGAGUGGUUGACCAAAUACUUUACAAAUAAAUUAUUUAAAGUUCCUACAAUGUGAAUUCCUGGAUUUUUUUUUUCACAUUCUGUCUCUCACAGUUGAAGUGUACCUAUGAUGAAAAUUACAGACCUCUGUCAUCAUUUUAAGUGGGAGAACUUGCACAAUCGGUGGCUGACUAAAUACUUUUUUGCCCCACUGUAUAGUCCGUUAAACCCCCAGUGCAUCAAGAAGUAGUCUCUGUGAAUGGCGUACCGAUCCGAUAUCGAUUUUGGUCCAAUAUCAACAAAAAAACAAGUAUUGGAUUAUGGGCUUGAACUAAAAUCUCUGCAAGUGGAGCGUUAAGUUGUGCAAAACUGGACAGCCAGUUAAUGUCUAAAUGUCCUGCAAUAGGCACACAGGGUUGGUCUUUUCUAGGUAAUGGCCAAAAGGUAAACAUGGUAGACAAUCGGCUACUCUGAGAUAGCAGUUACACAACAGCUAAGCGCACAAGAUAGACGUUGAUAACAAGUCGGAGUGUGAAUCUUUGGUGACGUAACUAAUCGAUUCUCGCAAUGUAUUGGUGUAAUAAUUAUAAUGAAAACCGGAUAGAAAAGCUCCUUUCGGUUGCACGGAGAUGCCCUAAAAACUUAUUUUUCAAAAUUAUGAAUCUAUUUAGAUUUGGGGUGAAUAAGUAUCACGAUUGGGAUGUAAUUUUUUUUUUUUUUUUUUUGCGCUCCUAGUACAAUAUCACAGUCUUAAAUAGCACAUUUGUCAACGAGCAAGUAUCAAAUAAUUCUAGAAGCAUAUCAGAAAGUAUCCAGUAACAAACGUGUCCGCAUCUUAAGGAAUUAUUGUCCCGACGGUUAAUGAAUGUUAGUUUUUCCCGUACCUUCUGAAUCGAACCAUUUUUGACACUACAGAACAAUGAAAAGCGUGACUCUUGCGAAUAUCGUAUCAGAUUAAUAUCAGUAGCCGCCAAUGCUCAAUAGUCUAAUAUCAGUACCGUAUCAAAAGUGAAUAAAGUUGUACGGCUACACGCUAGUGACCAACAAAAUACUCUGUAAUGUUCAACAAUCAAAUAUUUAUCACGUUCAUCCUUUAAUGUGUUUUCUGCAGCACUGCACAGUGAGCACACCAAGUCUAAGGACCAGUUUUAGUCCUUCUACACAAUGGGAGUGAUUGCUGACUACUUUGUGAUAAAACAAAUACAAUUUAGCCUUUAACUCUUAGUCAAGAAGCGCUUUGUUUAGGAGGUGUGAGAACAAAACUUUCACUGUCAGGUUAAAUGGCUUUUUGACGUCUGACAGAACCCAAACAAAGCUGCAUCUUUUAAUAUUUUCCUUUGUAGACUAUGUCGAACAAAGUCUGUGUAUAUAUGUUUUGGAUUUAAAAAUUUGAGUCAAAUUAAGCUUAAUGCAUCAUGGAUCCAGGACAUAGCAGCUAUAGUACAAAUGUUGCCUUAAUUUAUCGCACUGUCAGCAUGUUAACUGGAUUAGUCAAAACGUGUCAUCAAUUUGGGGGAAACUCCGUAAUUGUUUAUUUCACUCUUUUACCUUUUGAAUCCGUGUCAAAAGUAUAGGUCCAAAAAAAUUUCUUGUGCUGAUGGCCCGUGUUGGAAUAUUGCUAAAGUGCUGAUGAUGCACUUCUAAUGGAAUUAUGUGCCAAAAAAAAAUCACUUUCAUGUUGUCUCUUGCCUGUGUACUUUUUGUGUGUUCUUUAACGUCGAUGUGUCCCCCUUGCCACGAUAUUUAUUGAAUUCUAUAUUUUUUCUUUCAAAUAAAUGCAGGUGAAAUUGAAGGAAAAUGUGUUUUAUUGGAUGAGGUUAGGACUAUUACACAUAUUUCAAAUUAUUGAUACAUUUUCCAGUUAUUUUCUUACUUGGUAAAACGGUGACACAGGAAGUGAAUUGUAAAUAAACUACCGUACGCAGAAAAUA